CCUAGUAGACCAGUCGCAGCCAUUUUAGUCCGCGAAAUAAACUUCAAUCACAGAGCUGGACGAGGAAAAAAAAAAAAACAAAAGACUGAGCAUAAUUCCGUUGACAUAAUUUGGAUAGCUCGUUGUGGAUCACAGCCCGGGUGGAUUCGCUUCCUAAGUCUUCACAGUUCGAUUUGACUCAAUGGCUUAAUGUGACUCUUCAUAUCAACUAGCCAAGACUUCUCUUUCUCCGUCCCUUGUCUUCUGCUUCUUCAGGUAGCAGGGAGACGUUACAUACAGGGACGGUGACCCAUACCCCUCUCGCUUGCUUGCCUCAGAGCCUCCCCAACCCUCUCUUGAGGCAGGAUGGAGCCCAAGGCUGCCCAGGGGCAGUUGGGAGCAGAGGGGGAUUGUGGGAUGUCAAAUCUACUGGUGCCCAGUCCCCAGAGCGAGGCUGUGACCCAUGAGAUGGAGGAGCUGUCGCUGCAGCCCACACAGAGCCUGCCUCCGCUCAGUGAGCGCAAAAACGUGCUGCAGUUGAGGCUCCAGCAAAGGCGAACCCGGGAGCAGUUGGUGGAGCAGGGCAUUAUGCCACCUCUGAAGAGUCCAGCAGCUUUCCAUGGCCAGAUUCGCAGCUUGGAGAGAGCCAGGACUGAGAAUUUUCUCAAGCAUAAGAUCCGCAGUCGUCCAGAAAGAGCAGAGUUGGUCAGGAUGCACAUCCUGCAAGAGACCGGAGCAGAGCCUUCGCUACAGGCCACUCAGAUGAAGCUGAAGAGAGCCCGGCUAGCUGACAACCUCAAUGAGAAGAUAGCCCAGCGGCCAGGCCCAAUGGAGCUGGUGGAGAAAAACAUUUUGCCUGUGGAUUCCACCCUUAAACAGGCCAUCAUUGUGGGGCAGGUGAAUUAUCCCAAGGUUUUUGAAGAAGACAGCAGCGAUGCUCUGUCCCCAGAGCAACCGGCCAGCCAGGAGUCUCAGAGCUCUGCCCCCUCACCGGGGGACAGUAAAGGGCCAGAGACGCCCUCUCCAGUAUCACUACCUAGCACCAUCCUGCAGCCCCUCCCAACAACAGACUUCAUGAAAGUAAUCACCACCAAUGAGCUGCCUGCCAGCCACCCAGCUGUCACUCUUACUCAGACAGUCACUACAGCUGUACUACCAAAACCAGGCCCAACACUGGUGAAACAAAGCCAGCCGAAAGCUCCCUCAGAAAAGAGUCGCAGUAAGAAGGGCAAAGAGCCGAAGCCAAGGGUGAAAAAGCUCAAAUACCACCAGUAUGUUCCCCCAGACCAGAAGCAGGAGGCCAGUGAAGCACCUAUGGACUCCUCAUAUGCUCGAUUACUGCAGCAACAGCAGCUGUUUCUCCAGCUGCAGAUCCUUAGCCAGCAGCAGCAGCAUUACAACUACCAGACUAUAUUACCAGCACCACUCAAACCUGUGGCAGAGGGUCAGAACAACAGUGGAGGUACCCUCCCAACCUCUAUUGUGGUGUCUUUGCCCACUGCACCUCCCCCUCCUCCUCCACCUCCAGCACUGGCUCGGCCCAACAACUCACUUUCCUACCGCAAGCCCGGUGUCUUGCCUGCCAACCUGGAGGAGAUGAAGGUGGCUGAGCUAAAACUGGAGCUAAAGUUGCGUGGCCUCCCAGUGUCAGGAACAAAGACCGAUCUGAUAGAAAGACUGAAGCCUUUCCAGGACAUACCCAGCACCACUGCUGCUGCCAGCAUCCCCGCUCCUCCCACUUCCACUUUCUCUGCCAUCCCCAUGGAGGUUACCACAACUACUACACCUGCUAUAGUCUCAGUCCAGCAGGCGGCUCCAGAGAGCAUCAUCUCUACACCACCUGUUUCACCUGUUCCUUUUGAUCCUGCCACCCUCCAACAGGAUGUAGGUAUGUCUGAGGGUCUAUCUGAAAUCCAAAUGCUGACCUCUAGCUUUGCAGGGCCACAGUCUUCCCAAGUCCCAGAGGAAAAGGACAGAAGGCUCCAUGAGAAGGAGCGGCAGAUAGAAGAGCUGAUGAGGAAGCUGGAGCAGGAGCAGAAGCUGGUGGAGGAGCUGAAAAUGCAGCUAGAAGUAGAGAAGAGAGGUCAGGGUGACUCUGCUUCUGUAUCACCCAAGCUCACUCCCGUACCUGCUGUGAAUUCUGUUCCUGCUGCAAAUCUAGUAAAAGUGGAAGGUGCAGUCCUGUCAAAUUGUUCAACUCCUGCUGCCAUCCCUAGCUCAAUCCUGAGUUCCCAGGCACUCACAACACCCUUGCCUGCAAUGGUGAAGUUGGAGGAUGUGACUGUUUCUUCUGGCAAGCCACUCCACCUCCAGACCCAAACCCAGCUUAUCACCCAAAUCCAGGCCCCAGCUCAGCCUCAAGUAACCACCAACUCACAACUCCUCUCCCAGUCUCACAAAAGUCCCAAACUCCAGGCCCAGCCACAGCCCCAACCCACAGCCCCCAGCCUGCAGCAGUUCUUCAUCAGCCGCCCAGGUGGCGUUUCCCAAAUGUUGGGCCAACCUCAGACUCUUCUGACUACAACUGGCCAAGCUGGAACCCAGAUCCUCCUCCCAGUCUCGCUGCCCAACAACGCUACUGCAAUCCAGCUGCCAAGCACUACCGUCAGCCUACAGCCUGUUCUCCAGGCUGCAGUCUCAAAUCCAGGCCUGGCCCAUUCUUCAGUUCCUCAGCUGCAGACCACCAAGAUGGAGAUGGCACCCAGCCAGCAGCCGCUGCUACAAACUCUGACUAUGUGCAAUAACACUGCUGGUUUGGAGAACCAGACUAGACCUGAGAUGAAGUGUUUUCUGAGAAGCUCCCCAGAGAACAAGAUCUCUCCACGAGCAUCACCCAACCACCAAAUCUCCAACGGGCCACUCAAUAAGCCUUCUUCUCCCCAGCCUGCCUUCAUCCUCCAGCCCACCUCCCUGUUUACCCAGCCUCCCAAAACCAGAGAGCCUCCCCGCUACGAGGACGCCAUCAAACAGAGCCGAAAUCUUCACAUCAACAAUGUUUCACAGGUUCCCACAGCAACCAGCCAGCAAAUGGAUGACCUGUUUGACAUCCUUAUAGAGAGCGGAGAAAUCCCUCCAUUUCUCCAACAGAACCCUCCAGUGUCUCUUGCUAAGACCCUUCCUGUCACAGCCAGCAUCACCACUCUUCCAGUCAACACCGCCCUGUCCAGACCUCCCCCACAGAUCCAGGUAGCCCCUCCUCACACAUUUGUGAACCCGAGCCUGCCGAGUCUCACCUCCCUGGCCACAGACAAUCAGCUGGAAGCCUUUCUGGAGGGGACGCUGGCCGAGACGCCAUCGGCGUCAGACCCUCGCACGCAGGGCCUAAUGGAGGAGCUGCAGGCCCAGCUAAUGGACCAGCAGCCCUUCUCACCCAUGGACACAUCAGAACUGUCUUUCUGUGAUUCCUCCUCUCCCCCAUCCUCACUCAACAUGGGCCUGUCAGACCCGGCCCUGGACAACAUGGAGUGGCUGGACCUCACCAUGCCGUCGGGUCCUGCCGGGGCGCUCACGCCACUGGGAAUCCCGACGGACUUCCUGGAUUCACAUGACCUGCACUGGGACUGAUGGAGGGUUGGACAAUGAAGAUGGAGUAGGGUGAGAGAUGGGUGGAUGAAGAGAAAGGUGCAGAGGUUUUUUAAAAAUAAAAAAAAGAGAGAGAAAACAUGGCAUUUCAGUGCCAUGUCAGUCUUAUAGUACAUCCAUACCAUCUGUAAUAUUCCCACUACUCUACAGGAAGACAAAGGCUGAAGAGGCUGAUCCAAGUGGAACUACAAGCAGGAGUUUGCACAGCUUUAUGAGAGGGCCUUUAAUGGCUGAACAGCCAGGAAAAUGUCCACUGUAAGGUGACUGCGGUCACUCAGUGUUGUGAUAAAGGGAUUUUUAUCAGAAUAGACUUCUAGUGUCUGAUGUCAUGAUUUUAAUAAUCUUAAACAGAGCCAAGGAGAUGGAGCCAAAUGCUGAAUGGUAGACUAUGGACUAUGUAAAUACAGUUUAAACCACACUAAGAGAACUUCGUGCUCUCUUGGUCAGACAGCCUGAGCAGUACUGAUAGCUGAGAGGGAUAAUUUCUAGUGGAGGUAUAGGAAAACUGCAUCUGUUUUACUCACCACAGUUGCUGAAUAUGUCAGACACUUCCUGAAGCUGCUCUGAUAUAAAGGCCUUCAUUCCACUUGAGAAUACUGUUCCAUACUGGGUUACAAAAGCUGGUGAUUACAACUUAACUGUCACUAAAUGAUGGAGGCUCAGACUAUACAUUAAAUGUAGUUGUAAUUAGGAGCUGAAAGGAGACUUGAUUCCCUAUAAAGACCC